CUGAGUUCCAGACGAAGACCAUCGGAAGAGCAGAACUUUUGUCGAUAGGAACAGAUCGACCUAGGUAUCACUAGAUCGGAACCUUUCCUUGCUGAACCACAUCGACACCUCCGUUGCCAUUUCAAAAUGAUGUUCCGGUUGAUGUUCCGUCUCGACAAGGCGGUUCUAACCACGCUGCUAUUAUCUUGGACGAUGUCUUACUUUCUGUGUGGGAAGGACGCCGCUGUUCUGGUGGAGGCCUCUACCUCGUUUUCGAUGGAAUCUAUGAUGGAGAACGGAUCGACUACGAUAUCACAGGAAUGUCUGCCAUGGUGGCAACGGCAAAUAGAUGUCGCCGAGGUCUUUCUGGUGUGCGACCACCAGAGCGGCGAUGGAGAGGACGGCGAUGACCAGUACUAUUAUACCAAUCGGGCGUCGUGUCGAACGGGGGAUUUGGGAAAGGUUGCCCUAGGAUGUGAGUAGAGUAGGAGACCGACCGCUGGGCGUGGCUUUGUUGUAUUGGUAUGUUUUCGGAAGUGUGUUGGUGCCUAUGUUUCUUAUCCUUUUCUUUCUUGUUUCCAUCAAAUUCCAUCGCUCUCUAUCCUUACGCUAAUGUAGUCACCGUAAAAAACCAAUUGCCCUAUGAUUCGACGUUGUUCGUUUCCAUAAAAACCCAUUACUACGGACGGAGUGCAACCAUUCGAAAUAGGACGGACGUUUGCAGCUUUUCAAAUCUAGGCUAUAUCAACGCAGACGGGGCCUUUUAUUCGUCGGGCAGCAACAAUGACGACAACGGCGACGCCGAUGACGGCGGGGAGGGAGGUGAUGGGAGCGGCAAUCCCCUGUGCCCGAUACAGGCCGGCAUGCACUACAUGCUCAUGGAAUCCUUUACGCUCCAGGACUCGUCCGCCUCUCGCACCUCGAACUGGCAGGAAUUCAAGCCCGACCUGUCCGUGUCCUUUUAUUUGUCCUCCGACGAGUCCAGCCCGCCCAUUGGGUGCGUCCUGACGGGCACGAGGGCCAAGCACGCCCUGGACCAGCGGCGGUCGAGGGACGGGGUGAUAGCACUAAUCGUGAGCGUGUUUUCGUUCGUGAUCGUCUUUGGCCUCUGCCUGCACAACCAGAAGCAACGAAAGAAGGCGGUGGAACUCCUCGAGAACAACCGCGUGGCCUCGAUGAUUCGGCGGUACAACUAUCGAAAGAGCAACAGCGGUGGAUCCUCUACGGGGCUGAUGAUGGGUUCGUCGAACCACGUGCCCAGGCCACCGCCGGGGGACGGCCUGUUUCCCGGGGGGCCCUGCGGCAAUCACCACGCGAACCGGCAACCGGCUCCGCACCGCGAUCUUCCGCCGCCGUGGCGAUAACCACCGAAUCGCUACUCGCCACGGCACGAAUUGUUUUCCCCGAAACACACAGUUGUCCGGAUGGAGUCGGAACGGCGCGCGCACAAGCAUUGACCUCGAAGGCGCUAGAAUAACAAUUAUUUUAGCAU